AUGGCACCCAAGAAAGGUAAAUCCGUUGUUAUUGAGGAAAUUGGAAGCAUUGAAAGAGAAUCAUCUUCAGCUGGAAAAUUAUCUAAAGGUGAAAUAAUAUCGGCGUCAUCGGUGAAUGUUGAAAAGAACAAUGAUAGAAUGGGAUCCAAAAGAAAGUUAUCAAGGAAGGGGAAGGAUGAUCAAGAAGAAGAAGAAGAAGAAGAAGAAACUGCAUCUUCCUCAGAAAAGGUCAAGAAGGCUAGGGUGGUUUGGCCAAAUUCACUUCACAACCAGUUUUUGGAAACCUUAAGACAUAUUGGCCUGGAAAGUAUGGGGAUAUAUAUCUUGCUCAUAUUCUAUUUUGUUUUUACCCUUUUAACUCUAUUAUUGUAUAAUUAUGAUUGGUGGUUAUUUUUUUCUCUAUUUUUAGAUGAAGCAGAAGUUGUCCCCAAGAAGAUUCAUGAGCAUAUGAACGUGCAAGGCUUAACCAGAGAAAAUGUGGCUAGUCAUUUACAGCUUUCCUUCCUUUUAUACCCAUCUGAUUGCACAUUUACAUCUAUUUCAACUAAUAUUUUUGGUUUUACAUUUGCAACUACAACUGCAUCUACACAUGUUUCAAAUCUAGUUUUAAAUCCAAUUAAUGAUGUUGUUGUUAUUGUUGCUAUUAUUGCCAUUGAAAAUGAAAAACUUAAGUCCAAAAAGCUAACAACAUCUAGUGACAGAUAUUUUGCAAAAAAAGAUGGGAGACUUUAUGGAAUGACUCUUGGAAAAAUAAAUCCCUUAUCAAAGUCCAAGUUUUUUACAAUAACCACUGGAAAGAAAGCAAUUUUAGCAAACAGUAUUAGAAGUUACAAUGAUAAAAGGAUUGUAGGAGCUUCAACUAGAAACAAGAUAAAAGGCUUGCAAGGUUAUGGAUUAUAUACAAACUUAUAA